AUGGUAUUCGGAAUACCAGAGCAAAACUCUACAAAUUCAACAGUAAAUGGACAGUCUUAUAACGAGUUGCCAGGCAAAACUCUUGACGGAAUUCACGACUGGAUUAAUACUCAACUCGAUAAAGCCUACGACAAACUCGAAAAACCCUACGAAAUUACGGCUAAAUUUGUUUCGGAUCACUUUACGUCUAUUAUGAUAAUUGUCGCUAUUGUUGCUCUGUUCUGUUUUCCACAUUUGCUUCUUAUAAUUAUUCGUAUGUUAGGCUUUACCGGUAAAGGAAUAGUUAAAGGUAGUAUAGCCGCUUUUCAUAUGUCUCUUUAUGGUGGGCGAAUAGCUUCCGGUAGUCUCGUUUCUAUUUUGCAGAGCGUUGGUGUGUUAGGAAUUGGUGGGUUGCAAGGCAUGUUUAGGCUUUUAUUUACGGCUAUUAGUUCGUUUAUACGUUUUAUUUUUUAG